CCGACUUCCCUGCCGGAGUCGGGCUUGAGGUCAUCGCACGGGCGGUGGUGAACGUGCAUCGCGCUGCUGGUGCCGGCUGGACGGAGGUUGGCUGGGGCGUGCUCGUCUGGGCCGCAGACCUGGACGGCUGCCAGUACUUCAAGCUCCACACGCCGGGCGGCAAGAUGCUGCUCAACGAGGAGAUUCACGAGGACUUUGCGAGCACGUACAAGGCCGGCCGAACCAUAAACGGCACCCACGCCGUCCACACGUGCGAGCUCGGCGCCGCCGGCGUGUACGCGCUCACAUUCAGCGCCGAGUCGGAGGGCGCUGCGUUUGCGCGCAAGGUGUCGGCGAUGGCCCCGCGGCCUACGCCCAAGACUGGCGGCGGCGGCGGCCGCUGGCGCCUUGGCGGCGGGCGCAGGCGCGACGGCGCUCACGCUCCCACACCUGCGGUCAGCAGCCUCGCAAUCGGCUCGCCGACAAACGUGAAGCACGAGGCUCACGUGGGGUGGGACGCGGAGAGGGGCUUCGAGGUCCGCAACCUGCCAGACGAGUGGAAGGCGCUGCUCAAGUCGGCCGGCGUCCGGCGGCGCGACCUCGAGGACCAGCAGACGGCACGGAAAAUCGUCGACGCUAUCUCGCAUGGGAUGACAAAGGAGGAUCUGGCCGCGAUGCCGCCCCUGCCGGGCGUCACGGACCGCCAGGCCGCUCCCCCUCCCUUACCCUCGCCAACACCCUCUGCCAAGCCAACCAAGCCUCCCCCGCCGCCGCCGCGUCCGACCCCGCCCCCCUCGCGGCCGCCCCCGCCGCCUGCGCCGGCGCCGACGACGGCCUGCAGAAAACCGAGCGGACUGACGCCGCAAGCGGCCGACCUGCCCAGAGCGCAACCGCCGCCGCUUCGGCCGCCGCCGACGAUACCGCCGCGGCCCGCCGCCCCGACACCGCCGCCGCCACCGCCGCCGCCACCGCCCGGCGGCCCCGCGGUUGGGGCUGGCUGGUUUCAUGCUUGCUCUAGCCGGAGAGGGGGGGGGGGGGGGGCUAUCCGUAUUGGAGGACGAGCGAGUCAAAUCAGGACCUCCGUUUCUUUGCCCAGGGGGCAAUCUAAAACUCUUUGGUUGACUCUUUC